UGUCGACUGUUAGGCUCCCCCAAAACUUUUGAAAUAAUUAAACUUAUUAGUGUCAACAAAUAAUUCAUUGAAUCCGAAAUGGAAUACGAAUACACAUAAAUGCUUUUCUAUGGAAAUUGUUGCGAAAACAGUGAUCGAUAACGAUUAACGAUAGCUUACGUUCCUGCCUAUCAAAUAUUCUUUUGAAAAAGUUUAAUUUUAAAAAUUUCCCAAUCUACAAAUUAGCUUUUGGAACGAAACUCAUUGAAAAAUAUUAAGAAUACAUUUUUGAAAUAAUCAGAAAAGAAUUUGUCACACUUUCUUAUCCAAAUAUAUUCAAGUACUACCAAAUAUUAAGAGAAACAGCAAAUUAACAAAAUCAAAACAAGCAAAAUCUCCAGCAAAUAUUCAGUUAAAAUCUGCAAUAAGUUUAGAAAAUUCCAGAAAUGUCCUUAAGACGACAUCAACCACAAACGAAGUCUCAACUGAUGAUACAGCUACCAUCGUUGCAACCAAGUUGUAACGGUAACAUAAAUGGCAUUGCUAGUUUCCAAACAAGAAACAACAUUGUUGGCAAAUCAGAAGAAUAUAAUACACGAGAACCGCUCGCAGUGGCUAGUCCGGUCUCUUCGGUUACAACGGUAGUGCCGGUAGCAGCCACAUCUGGCACUUCAACGUCGGUAAUACCCUCAGGGUCGGCCACAACCGCCGAUGCGCCAGCGGUGACCGAGCAAAUUGCUAAUUUGCUGAAUUUGGCGCAACACCUAUUGAGCGGCGUGCGUGAACAACAACAGCGCCAGCAUCGACGCCGUCACCGCCAUCGGCGCGCGUCUCGCUUGUUAGCGGGCACGCCAUAUCAGCGGCCCAAUAGCGGGGCGCUUGCCACUUCACAGGAACAUAAUGACAGCAAUGACAACAAUGCGAGUAGAAUUAGCGGUACAAAUGUGAAUACCGUUAAUAUAGGAGAAACGUGUGCGGUUACAAGUGACGGCGCCAACUCUACUGGUCAGCAGCAAUCGAGGCAUAACAAAUUUUGCAAUGGCGGCAGCAACAGUGGAACUAGGGAGGAUAAUAUAAAUUUUCAAUGUGCUAUUUGUUUGAACUCGUAUCUGUUGCAUCGGCCGAUGGUCACUCAGUGUGGGCAUUUAUUUUGCAAGCGCUGUAUAAGGCAGUGUGUCAGCUGUCAAGGAAAGUGUCCUAUGUGUAAUCGCAAAUUGAAUUCCAAGAGCAUGUUUCGGGUGUAUUUCUGAGCUAUUCGCAUAUGUGAUUGCUUGACGAGAGACCGAGGCGGCAGGACAGUGGAGGCACCAGCAUGCAAUACAAUUUGUAUUUUGAAAUUUUUGUUGACAUUCCUUUGUUAAGCAUGUUUGUACGUAGGUGCAUUUCAAUAUGUACGAAUAUGUACGCCUUUUUGGGCAAUUUUCUUUUUUAAUUUGAAUAUUUUGUAUGUUUUUUGUUCAUUUAUCGUAUAUAGAAGUCCAACAAACAAAAAAUAUACACAAAUUCUUCUUUAAAUUGAUUUUUGAUAAACGACUUUUGACGAAUAUUGGUAAGCUUGUUACUGUUGGAGUAGUAAAUGUGCUUACUGAAAACUAUGUACGAAUGCUUAGUUGGAAAAAAUAUAAAAUAUACAUAUGUAUAUCGGUUUAUGGUAUAUUCUACCCAUCUAUGCUCCUUAUGUGCAUCUUUUUAAUAAUAGUUCUAGUUCGUCCGUCAAAUAUUAGAUGUCAUCCGUCGUUUCUCUGCUCGAUACCUCUUGUAAAAAUACAUAUAAAAGCAAUAACAAAUUCAUCGAAAUAAAUUCGUACAGGAGAGCAUGUGGAUAAGUAAAGACAAACUGUUCUUCAAUGCUACCAAGUUUCGAAGAUAGCCCUCUGGUGUUCCAACUAUGUUAAUGGUAGUUAGUAUAUAAUCUGUUA